UGAUGUUAACAUACGCGAUUGAUCACAUGUGUAAUGCGAUGAAGCAUGAUAUGAAUUUUUAUUUUAUAAUAAUCAUCAGAUGAUCAGAAAUUCGUUGUUAAAAUUACCAUUCUAAUUAUAAUCUGAAAAUAUAGGAAACUAAUCUAUAAACACCAGUAUGAGCCUUAACUGAAUCGCAGAAGUGCGAAAACCAUGGCGGCGGUUCUGUUGGCGAAGUUGCACUUUCGUUGUGUCGUACGUUUUUCCGACCGAGAGUACAAGCGCUGAAGAUAUUGCACCAUAAAAGUUGAAUCGGGAACAAGAAUGAGUCAAACCAGUCAAUCUGGUAAAUCGGAUGACGAUGGAGAAGAUCAAGAAGGUUCUUCUUUUUCGGAAACCAAAAUUGAGGAUGCCUUAACAUCUUUCCGAGAGCAAUGGCAACGUGAACUAGUUUUGUCACCAAGACCGGACACAUCUAAAGCUCUUCCUUCAAAAGCAGUUGAAAUUAAUGUGGAUUAUGAGGAUGAGACCAUUGAAGAAAAAGCAAAAAGUCUGUUUUUGACAGGAAUUGAGUAUGAGCAAAACAGGAAAUUUUAUGAAGCAAUUCAAUUUUACAAACGUGCUGUACAAUUGGUUCCUGAUAUUGAGUUUCGAUUAUAUGAAUCAACAAAAAUGAAACCCAUUGAUGACAACCUUGAAAAUUUAGAUAAUGAUUCAAACAGUGUUGAUAAUAAUGAUGAAAAUCAUAAUGAAGAAGAUGAGGAGGAAAGUGAUCUAUUUUUCAAGCUAUGCAAAAUUGUAAACCGCAAUAAAUGUGUUUGUUUUCCUAAGUUUGAACAAAAUACAACACAUAUUUCUGCCUUGCCUAUGGAAAUAAUGCUAUAUAUUUUGAGAUGGGUGGUAUCUUCAGAGCUUGAUAUGAGGUCUUUGGAAAUGUUCUCAAGGGUAUGCCGUGGAUUUUACAUAUCUGCGAGAGAUACAGAGAUCUGGAGACUUGCUUGUGUUAGAGCGUGGGGUGUGAAUUGUGGAACUUAUAUUCCAAAAUACCAAUCAUGGAGAGAAAUGUACUUACAGCGGCCUAGACUGAGAUAUAAUGGAUGUUACAUUAGCAAGACCAGUUAUAUUCGUCAUGGUGAAAAUAGUUUCCAAGAUCAAUUUUAUAGACCUUGGCAUUUGGUGGAAUACUUCAGGUACCUAAGAUUUUUCCCUGAAGGUAAAGUCUUAAUGUUAACUUCAACUGAUGACGCACAAACAUGUGUAAACUCUUUAAGAAGUCGCGCACCGCGAAAUCCGGCUGUGCUUAUUGGCCAUUAUAGAUUACAUGUUAAUUAUGUUACCGUAGUGCUCAAGAAACAAGAGGCUAAAGCAUCUACUACUUACAGAAAAAAGAAAAAGGAGCCUCUAGAUGAACACACAUUUCACAUUGAAUUUGAAAUUAAAGAACAUUUUAAACGGACUAAUUCUCUUUUAAAAUGGUUGAGUUAUACUAUAUUUACAAAAUAUGGGAAUGGACAAGAAGUAAGAACUUGUUUGAAAGAACCAUCUAUGAAGGAAUGGAGGGUGUCAUCUAUUGGUGGACGAUAUCCUCCUCUUAAAUUUAGCAGGGUCAAGAGUUAUACUCAAGAAAGCGAAGCUCCUUUGCAAUAAUAUAAUUGCACAGCAACGGUACAAUAAUGGAGUAAAGAUUUGAAAGAAGACUAAUUUCUACAGGUUAGCGUUACUUGUACAAAUUUCUUUUGAUGUAUAUUGCAAACAUAUGAAGUAGUUAACAUAUAUAAAUACUUUUUAAGUUAUAAUUAUGUACAUUAAAUUAAAAUAAGGAAAUAUUUAUUUUUAAUUUCAUAUUCUAGUAUUUUUUUAGGUAACUUUUAUUCAGAUACUAUACAAUUAUCACAUUACAGUUGUCACAUAAAUUUAAUGUAGGCAUUACAGAUAAAUAACGAAUAUAAUAUAUUAUUUUAAUAUGCACUUCUUAAGUGCCUUACGUGCUUUCAAAAUAGGUGCUUGUAAUUCAGAAAUUGUUUGCGUAUUUUAUUUAUAAUGAUUAUCAGCCACAGUUUUCAUAUUACUAAGGUUGAUAAUUAAUGAUAUUAACAUUGUUAGUUUCCUAAUAAUAUUUAAUUUUGUUCAAACUUUAAUCUACCGAAACUAUAAUCUAUUUGAUGAAUAGAACCGCAAAAAUAUAAAGAAUUAUAGGGAUAUAAUCUAUUGGUCGUUAUUUAUUAAAACAAGAUAGUAGAAAGGCGUUACUUUUUGCAGCUCAAUUUCUAUUCUAUUAAUUUCGUAUAGAUUUCUGCUUAGAACAUACCCAUUUAGUCGACGUAUAUGGAAAAAACAAAAAUAUGAGUAUUACAUUAAUCAAAUGUAAACUACUUAUUUCAUAAUUAUAAAAAUUUUAGUAAACUACAAAUUAUCCGUUGAUCUCUUUCUAAUGUAAUGUAUAAAUUCCUAACAACUCUAUAUGAGUAACAAAGUUAGGUACGAAUAAUUAUGCAGCACGGAAUUAAAUGAAUUCGAAUAAAUAGUUUGGAACAGUUUUAUUCAUCUAGAUGUAAUACUGACAUUGUGAAGCGAUUUACUGGAUUGAGAGAAUGAUUGCUUGGGAACACAUCGUGUACAUUGCUGUGAAUGUCUAUUAUAAUUACAAUAAUAA